CGGGGCAGGCGCGCAGAAGCUCACUCGCACCUGCUUCUUCCUCCUCCUCGCCCACCUGGCCGCGGCUCGGCCGGUCCCGCCGCGCUCGGCUGCAGCAGCCGCCGCCGUCACAGCAACAUGUUGCCCAGAGGAGGCUCGUCCAUGCCGCCGCCUCCCAACCCCGCCGCCUACUUCCCGCCCCCCCGGGUCACUUUGCCCUCCGGCCUGGAGAUCCUGCGCACCUACUCGGGAGCCGUCAUCUUCCUGGAGAUCCUCUUUGGAACGAUAGUCUGGAUUUUGGUAGCUUCCACCCAAGUUCCACUGCCACUGCUUCAGGGAUGGGUCAUGUUCGUAGCAGUGACUGCGUGGUUCCUGUCCAUUGUGUUCCUCUGCGUGUUCCUCUUCGGUUAUGCCAAUAGAAUUGCUGUCAACUGGAACCAGGUGGAUUUUCUUUUCCAUGGGGCCACUUUUGUCUUUUAUUUUGGAGCUUUUCUACUGCAAGCAGCAACUACAUCUCUGCAUCACUUUCCCCGCAAGUUCAAUUCCACCGCUCAAGAGAGGAUUCUAGCUGAUCAUGAGUAUAACAUAAGCAUAGCAGCCUCGAUUUUUGCCUUUGCAACAGCUGUUUGUUACGGUUGCAGCACAGCCCUGGCACUAAGGAGAUGGAGGCUAUAGCAGUUGGAGAGAUGUUGAUGCCUGAAUGUUCCACUUCAGAUCAAAUUAACUCUAUUUGUCUGUUUUACUGUAAUCUAAAUCCCAAAAAGACUUUGUUUUGUUUUUGUUUUCCUUAGAAUCUGUUUUAAAGUGCUGAAAUGCAAAUAAGCCCUAAUCAGGAUUUCCUUAACAGAAAACAAGUUUGCAUCUCUUCCCUUUCUAAUUUUGACUUGUGUACUCAUGAGAAGCAUGCCCAUUGUGUGGUAUGGCAGAGUUCAGGGAUAAAUAGAUGUGUCAAUAGCAGAUAACAGAAUUCUACUGCUACAUCAUAAGAGGAAGAAGAUUGAAGCUAAAACAAAAUGUUAACUGCGUAGGCAGCUAAAAAGCUCCCCAAUUGUUAGGUCCUGGGAUUAAGCCUGAAGUGUUUUGCAGAGUUCCAGUUUGUUCCCUGCAGGAAGAGCCCUGAGGAUCCUCAUAGGGUCCUGGAGCUUCUGUGUGCUGCUCCUUGCAUGAUCAGAGCCCAAGCUGACUUGGUGAUACCAAUUUAGUAAUAUAUUAUUAACUUUGAUGUACAGGAAAAAUAUUUUCAGUAUCCAUCCAGUGAGAUCUUUUGAUAUUUUUCUAUAGCCAUAUCCAGCUCUGGGCAUCUGAUCCUGAAAGCUUACCCUGUUCCUUAGUAGGUGGAAACUGCUGAGGACUGUAAGUCAACCCUUCAUUAGUUUUAGGUACUUAGCUUUAUUGGAUCUAUUUAUAGUGCAAAACAAAACAGUGCAUUUGUGUUGUGUGUAUAUACAUGGUAUAUUUUUGUUUAACAGGAAUUUUUGCACUGUUUUACCUUGUUGGAGUACAGCUUUGUUUUUGUUACUUCAAGUGCUACAUUUGUUACUUGGUAUUGUGAGUCAAUAUCAUUUGAAUGGAAUGUUACCAAAUGGUGAAUAAUGUCUGACCUCAAUUCUUGCAGGGUGUUAUUUGUUGCAUUCUAAACCUGCGGUGGUGUAAAGGUGUGUUUUUUGGACAGAUGCCUGUGCAGCAUCUUACUGAAGCAGUGGAAUGCAAAGCAAUCCACCCACUAUGGGAUUUGCUUUUGGCACAAAUGAAACUUGAGCCCAUCUUGAAUAUCCCCUAUAGAUUACGUUUAGAAAAUGAAUUCGACAAAGCUAAAGCUUAGCUUUAAAAUUCUGCUCCCUCUCACUUAAACUGUCUUGCAGAUGAUGAAACUGGGCUUUUUAAUAAUGUUAGUAAAUAAUUUCUGCUCCUGUGAGCAGUGCCAAAUUGAUAACCUGGCAGAACAAAGGUGCCUUGUCAUUCGUAAAACAACAUGCUCACUGCAUUUUGCCAGUGCACCUGAGUGUUCUGCAGUGGUCAGGCAAGGGAAGAGAGAGCUUUCUUCAUUCCUGGGCCUGCUCAUCUCCUUGAGCCGACGAGGGUGUCUACUCUGAAGGUAACUUCACCAGACUUGUCAGGCAGCAGGCUCUGAGAGCCAGCCACCCUCAGCAGUGCCCUGCAGUCCCCGCUGACCCAGGACAGGCUCUUGCUGGCCCCUCUGACCACCAGAACCACUCAGCUGACCUGAGUGACUGCAAUGGCGCAUUCUCCUACAUCUUUUUGGAAAGUUUUCUCUCCCAGAGGUUUUGUACUCUAACUGAUUUAUUUUUCUCAUUCUCUCCUUGCAUUGAAACUUGUUUUGUGAACAUUUUAUGUAGAGCCAUAUACUUUUAAAAAAUACUUCCUGUUGUACAAAAUACAUUUUCACUGGAGUAUAUGGAUGAAUGUAUGUAACAAAGACUUAG